GAAUGAUGGGAUCUGCAGUGCUCUGCUGAAACGUCGGUUCUGCUCCAAAAGUCCGCAGCAAGAAGGCGACUGUUCACUCAGUCAAGCACCCCUCCCUUUCUCCCGCCGUUAGUCCUUAUACGUACCUCCUUGCGGGCAGUUCCAGCAAGCGGCCGGGGCGGCAGCAGAGAGGGUGACCCGCAUAUAACGCUUGACACUCUCUCGCAGGAUUCGAUUGGAACCUUCAAUCACCCCUGUAGCCAUUUCGCCUCCGGAACAUACCAAGAGCGGUUACAGGAAGAGGGGCGGUUUGCGCUCUAUGAUUUGCGGGCAAGAAGAGGGGCGUUCAGCAGACGCGGCAAGGCCCGGAAUCAGUGACGCGCUGCCUUUGCUGCGACAGCAGAUACCUCUCCACCCUCCGUCAAAGAGGUGGUACACGCCGAAAUGGCGGCUCCAAUGUUUCAACGAGGGUUAAAGUGGAGCGGCGUUGCGAUUAAGAGCUGGGCUGCGGCAGGUAAAAGAUGUAUUCUUUCGGCAGCAUAUGUGGACAGUUCAGCAUGGGAACAAAGAGGAAAAGAUGAGCAGAGCCUGGCUGAACUAGCCUCUCUGAUGGACAAAACCUAUGAAAGAAAACUUCCUGUCAGCUCUUUAACUAUAUCUCGGCAUCUUCUGGGAUCCCACCAGACAGGCCAACUUCACUGGUUUAUAGACAACAUUUCCUCACGUGAGCAAGUGGAUCAAGCGGAGUAUUAUCUUUACAAGUUUCGUCACAGCCCAAAUUGCUUUUACUUGAGAGACUGGAGCAUCCAUAGCUGGAUCAGGCAAUGCCUGAAGUUUGGUGCACGGGAUAAAGCUCUGUACACUUUACAAAAUAAGGUACAAUACGGAAUUUUCCCAGAUAAUUUUACCUUCAAUUUAUUAUUGGAUUCUUUUAUAAAGGACGAGAAUUAUGAAGAUGCUAUGGCCGUGGUCACAGAGAUAAUGAUACAGGAAAGUUUUGAUGAAGUGUCUACACAACUACUCUCACUCUACGCCAUGUUCAAAUAUUUGACAAUCAAAUCAGAACUUACGUGGGAGGAAGAGAAGAAUCUCGGAGCAGCCCUUAUGUUAACAGGCCUGAAGCAGACCAACACGGUGGGAUUCAGUUCUCAGCUGUACGGCUUUGCACUUCUUGGGAAAGUGGAGCUGCACAAGGGGCUACGAGCUGUCUACCACAAAAUGCCACUCCUCUGGACCCCAGGGUACCUAAAUAGAGCCUUGCAAGUGAUGGAGAAUGUGAUGCUGCUUCCCGGUGAGAAAAAGCUCUGCAAGGAAGCUAUUGAUGUUCUGGCAGGCAUUUUGCAGCCCAUCCCUGUGGCAGAAGUUUCUCAAGAGAGUGCCAAGGACGCAGAAGAAACGCCAAAGCAAACACAAUCAGAAGAAGCAGAGAUAUCUCGACUGCCUGAGUACUUGAACCGAUUCAGGGAGCUGAACUCUAAACUGCAGUCGCUUGGCAAGGUGGAAUCUGCAGGCUUGUUGAUGCUGACCACCCAGCUUGUUGAGGAAAAGCAGCCAGCCUUUGAAGUGGAAGACCUUGCAAAACACAAGCAGAAGCUGAAGGAGUGGGAGCAGGAGCGGGCACUUCUGGCUGAAAGGGAGAGACAGUAUAGGGAAAAGGCCAGGCAGGAGCUGGACGCCCGGAAAGCAGCAAAAGCGUCCCUAAUGUUGCUGCUGAGAGGCUUCUCUCCUGCUCCAAAUACUGCUGGCGAGAGACAGGCGAGGGGGUGAGCAGCCCUGCAGCCUUGAAUGGGUGCAGUUGAAACCUUUCCAGAUCCAUCUUGCAUGUCCGUCUUGCAGCAAGAGUGUUUCUUCCCCAUCCUGUUUAAAAAACAACAGCAGCAGCAACACUGUAAUGAUGAAUGUUCCUCUGAAUGUCUCUUUUGUGUUGUGCCAGGAAGCAAAUCUGUCAUCGAAUAAAGCAGUUCGUUUCUAAAGCAGGCUUGGUGAGACAGUACAUUCAAAAUACUGCUGCCACAGUCAAUAUUGGCCAGUGGCGGCUGGUAGCUCCAUGUCAGUGGGGCAGUUGAAUCUGCUGAAGCAUCUUGGACAGUUCCUUGAACAUUUGGACUGAAACCCAGAGCAGAUUCCACUGCCCCACUGGUAUUGGCUAGUUAAAAGGUUGCAAAGACCUUCAACGUUUUAUAUGCUUGCGGAGCUCCGAUUCCCAAUCCCCUUCAUUCAGGGAUCACAAGCAGUCCUUUCUCCCUGGAACUAUUCAUGGCUCUCGAUAGUGAUGAUUUUGAAUCCUCUCAUUUAGAGGCAGUGCGCUUGAAGCUGCCUUAUACCAAGUCAGACCAUUUGUCCAUCUUUGAUUGACUGCAGCACCCCGGCUUUCAGGCAGGGGUUGAGAUGUGGAGGAUUUGGAACCAGAGUCAUGUGCUCUUCUCUGAAGCUAUUUCUUCCAUGCCCUGUUAAUAAGCUUUCCAAGGACAUUUAUCUAGCCACUAUUGGGAAGUCACUGUCUAAAUGUACCUGUAAUGCCAUCGAGCAAGAUAAGUUUAUAUUAUUUCCCAGCCACAUGGCUUGGUCAAACAAAAACAUCCAGAUUCUGUUCAUACAGACUGAAUGUUUUUGCAGAUCAGUUUCUACCUUUUCCAUUGGCUGCUUGCCCCCUGCUUGGGCUGUUUUCUUCCGCAAACAUAGCAGUCUCUGUGCAUGACUAUAAACACGUGGUAAUCAGGUCUAUCGCAGUACACACACUCAGGCCUCAUUCUUACAGCAGAGGAUCAGCUGGGUUGCCUUCCCACGUGGCUUCUAUGUGUUAAUGGACCUUUGUGGGUUGGAGUCCCUGUGGAGCGGCAACUCUCCCACUUUUGUACCAUUAAAAAUUGACCCUCUGUCACUUGAACCUUUGGGACUUUGCAGUCUCAUGGCCUCUGCUUAUCUUGUUUUGCAGGCUGCAACGUAUUAAUAGCUACCAUUAGGAAUAUUGUUUGCUCUCCAACAUUUCAGUUUUGUUUCAAAGCCUGCCUGCUACUUCUUUGCUCUUCGUCAUAUCUUCAGUCUUAUUGUUACAAACCUGCAGAAUAUUGUUACAGAAGACUAUAAUUUGCCUUUGUUGGACUUUCUCUUGUUCAGAAAGCUUAACAACAAAAUAAACUGAUUGUGGCCCCAGCUGCACUAUGCAUUCAAAACAGUAUCAUACCACUUGGAACAGUCAUGGCUUCCUCCAAAGAAUCCUAGGAGCUGUAGUUGGGUAUGGGUACGGGUUCCGCCCUGGGCUCCUACUGGGAGGAAGGGUGGGAUAUAAUUCUAAUAAAUAAAUAAUAAUACUGAGAGUGGCUAGGAGAUCCCUGUUCCCCUCACAGAGCUACAGUUCUCAUUAUGGUUUAACAAUUGAUCCCUCCUCCCAGGGCGCUCUGGGAAUUGUAGCUCUUGAGGGGAAUGGUGGUCUCCUAAUAACUCUUAGCACCCUUAACAAACUAAACUUCCCAGAAUUCUUUAGGGGAAACCAUACUGUUACAAGUUGUAUAGUACUGCUUUAAAUGUAUGGUGCAGAUGGGGCCUUUUUCUCUAAAAACCUUCAUCUGGCCCCACUGCUCAUUCGAGACUCCCUUGAACCCUGCUCCUUUGUAUCUAUUUCCAUCACACCCUUGACAUAUAUAUUACAACCACUGUGUUUCCCAUCCUGGGGGUCACAAAGCCUGUGCAAGUGCACUAUGAGCUUUAUAAAUAAACCCAAAAUAAUUAUUGCUUUUAAUCUUUAACUGAUAUCAUGAAUAUCUACUUUUUGUUUUGUUGGGAUAUUAUCAUGCUGUGUUGGCGCUUGCAACCAAACAUCAGAAAAGUUCGAGCCCUACACUUGGGAACCGUUCUCUGGCAGCUGGCGCCAGCUGCAGUGACAGUUCACCACAAGUGCUUGUACAGGGAGUUGUUUUGAGUGACUAUUGUAGCUUGCCUCUGAUGCAUAGGUACCAAAGACUCAAAACAACCCCCUGCGUGAGGACCUUGUGGCAAGCCAUUACUGGAUCUUCUACCAGGGCUUAGUAAAUAAUUAAGGCAAAGGUGAUUUAGUCGAAAUCUGUCCGCUAUUUUUCUGCUAAAGAAACAGAGACGUUUGAGUGGGUGCGAAACCCAUUUGCCACGGAUGUCAUAAAGUUGUCUGAGCAAAAAGAACAACAAAUAGUUGGAACUGUCAUGGGAUAAGACCUUCAAGGAUAAUUUUUUGGAACUGAGGUUUUCUGACUGUUGACUUUGGGUUACCAAAAUUACUCAGUUAACACUGAGUAUUUCUGAGUUUGCUGAUGAAGCAGUAUCUGUGCUGCAGCCAUUUGGUAGUACAUAUUUUUGUGAGAUGUAUUUUUCAGUAACGAGUGCUAUGAAAUGAAAUAAGUAGCAGGCUAUGUAUCAAUAAUGAUCUGUGACUUAUGUCUGAAAACCAUCAAGCCCUGCAUUGACCCUACUCAUUGGCAAAAUGCAAGCUCAGCUGUCCCACUGAUACUUGCCAAAAUGGACUUUAGCAUGAAUAAAACUAUUACAAAUAUUCAUAGUUCAUUAUAGCUAACACUGCUUGUGAAACCUUGUUUUUAGAAU